AUGGCAGUUCUACUAAAUAACGGCUUACUAGGCAGUAGUGCCGCAGUGCCCAAGUUAUGUUCACACCAACCCUCCACGAGUUCUCCACACCAACCCCGACACCGCGGUUCGGUGGGACUCCUCGCUGCUCUGCUAGUGGAACAGAAGCACUCCACGACUCCCUUCGACUUGACGGACGACGUGAGCCGACAAAAAGCCACGACGCGCGUGAAGACCUACGCCGCGGGCGCGCUGCCGAAGCUGGUGGCGGCCGCGACGACGUCGACGUCGCUGCGGCAGAGGUCGGUCGAUGAGCAGCCCGAGAGCGUGGCUUCUUUGGUGAACAUGGGCUUCAGCGAGGAGCAGGCAAAGGAUGCCUUGGACAUGUUCCGUGGAAAUGUGGAGCGCGCCGCCGAGUAUUUGUCUUCAGCCUUUUCAUCUGGAGAGGACCCACUCGAGUGA